AUUCACACACAAAUUCAUACAGUGCAUCUAUGUCCCAAGUACAGUCUUGAGCAUGUUGCAAUGGUGCGUUAGAAGCUUACAGUUACCACAUCUUUCUCAUUGUUCUUCUUUCUCAUUGUUCUUACUGGAUGUCAUGUUACUGGGUGUGCUGGUAUGUACAGUAACUCCUGUCAAAACUCUCCUCCUCAGCUUUUUGUCUUCACUGACGGAGAGGUGUUCAACACCAAUGAAGUGAUCAAUCUCGUGAAGAAGAAUUCAGAUUUCCACAGGUGUUUCUCUUUUGGCAUCGGGGAAGGAGCCAGCUCUGCUCUUAUCAAUGGGUUGGCCAAGGAAGGAGGAGGUCAUGCUCAGUUCAUCACAGGAAGUGACAGGAUGCAACCCAAAGUGAUGCAGUCACUGAAAUUUUCUCUCCAGCCAGCAGUGAAGGACAUCUCRGUCAAGUGGGAUUUGCCAAAGAAAUUGUCUGUCACUCUUCUCUCUCCACCAAUCACAGCAAUUUUCCAGGGUCAGAGGUCACUGAUUUAUGCACAGCUCAGYGGACAGAGUUCAAAUGCAGCAGAGGGCUGUGUGACGGUGAAGUACAGCCUGGCAGGUCAUCCCUCUGAGAACAAGCUCCACUUCACUCUCAAACCUGCAGAGGACACUGGAUUAACAGUCCACAAAUUAGGUGCUCGGACUCUGAUCCGUUCCCUGGAGAUGGACAAGGGAGAUGGCGAGGGACAGUGUGAUGAGGGGGUGAAGGAGAAGGUGGUAGAGYUCAGUGUCCAAUCAGGAGUGAGCAGUUCCUUCACAGCCUUCAUUGCUGUCAACAAAGGCAACAAUGAGCCGAUUCAAGGACCUCUGAUGCGCAGAAAUAUACCAACACCCAGAAAUAAGUUGGGAUCGAUGCCGGUGCUCAGCUGGGCUUGCUUUUCGAUAGAUUCUGCUCCUGCUGUACUCGAUUGCCAGUCCUGGCAGUUCUCAUCCAAGUUGGAACGGGUUGAUGACAUGUUCCUCGAUGAAGGCUGCUCUUCUGAAGAGGAUGAAGUCAAUGCACCAAAACAGCAACCACCCAGAGAUCCUUUGCUGCAGCUGAUCUCCCUGCAGAAGGCAUCUGGCUGCUGGGUGCUUGAUACGGCUCUGGCUGCUGCUGUGGGAAAGACCAGCGAGGAGGUGGAGAACACAAAGCCUUCAGCUGUGAAACAGGAAGUGUGGGCCACCAUUCUGGCUCUGAUCUGGCUUCAUGGAUUCAAGAUGGAUGCAAAGGAAGAGUGGGAGCUUCUGGCUAUGAAGGCUGUGUCCUGGCUCCGUGCUCAGAAAGCACCAUGUGUGGCAGAAUGUGUGGUAGCUGCAAACACACUGUUGGGUUUCAGUGUGAAGACAGACAUCCUGGGGCUCUGAGGAUUCCUUAAAAAUGCCUUCCUUUUCUUCUUCAGGAUUAAUACCAAUGACCACAGACACAUACUAUACACCUAGAUGCUGCAGUUGCCAUUUUGGCCUGUAAACACAUGCAAGUUAAAGGCGGAGCUCCAUUUGUCUGUAUAACAAAUACUUUUACAUUUAAAUUUCAACUAAUAUCAACAAUUUGCUUUCAAGGGUUUCUUACCUACAUGGGUUUUGCCUCCAGUUAUUUAAAGUCAAUAGUUUGACAUGUAGUAUUGGCAAGAAUCAGUAUUCAUUUGAAAUGGGCAAAAAACUGGGUUAAACGUGAAAGCUUUGAUUCCUUUUCUUCUUAAAAAUAUGGGAUUAAAUCAGCAUAUAUCUACCUACAAAUUCCACAGAUGUCUGUAUGUCUGUCUGUGGAAAGCAUAUCUCUAGGACCGUUCAUCUUAUUGGCUUCGCUCUGGAGCAGUCGGUGGGGACAGGGCAGUCCUCAGAAUUAUAGACUGCAGCUGUGUGAAUAAUAUCUUUCCCACCAGAUCAUUUUGAUAAUUUGAUUAUUUUUAUUUCACCACAUUGGACUGACACAUUUAUAGAAUCACUUCCUCUUCAGCUAUUUGUCUACAAAGUCAACGUUUGUUUAAUUGCAGCAAGCUUUAUAUCGAGAGGAACAACAGAGCUUUCAUUUUGAAAAUCAUUUUCAGCCAAGUCAGUAAUUCACACCAUUUAAAGUCUAACGUGGACCCCCCCCCCCCGCUGAUUGUCUAGCAGUGAGUAUAUCCGAACAAUUGACUUUGUAUUUGAGACAUUUAUUUUGUUCUCUACGUAGAUCACAAACUCAUCAAUACAAAAAGCAGCUGAUUGAAAUCAGUUGAAAUUUAAACCUUAUUGUGUUUUGUUCCAGAUAGACUGCAGCUUGCAUGUGUUAACAGGCCAGUCUUGCCUGGUCCAAUAUGGUGGACGCAUUGAUGUAUUGCAGCAACAGGCAGAAGUGGCCUUUAUGUAUAAAUGUCUAUCUUUAUAUUGUCAUUUACUGGCAUAAAGGCAUAUGCAUAACCUUAGCAUUGCACAUCAUUAUUUGUACUAUCCACUUCAGUGAUAUUGUGAUUGUAUUGCACUUCGUCUGUGCAGGAUUGACCAUAUGACAAAACAAAGAAUGGUUAAUCUGUCUCACACCUUUAAUGUUUGUUUGUUUUUAAUCAGCAACUGUUAAACUGACAAAUAUGUUGAAUCUCAUGGCCUGAAACUUGAUUGAAUAUUUAAAUUACUAGUGCUUCAGUCUUAUGCUAAUGAAUUUGUUUAUAUAACUAUAACAUCUGAAUAUAUUGAAUGUAAUGUUUUCAAAUCUGUAUUCAAUAGAUUCAAGAUUCAUUCCAUAUAUAUUCUGACUGUCAUUCAAUAUAAUCAAACUUCAUAUUAUAUACCGGUAUAUUCAAAAAUAAUCCUUGCAGCAUGCCAUAUAUUUGAAACAACCUGAAUCAAAUAAAAGUAACACAUAAAAACAGUUGACUGUUUUUGUGCAGAUGUAGCAGAUUAUUGUAUUAUACCUCUACUCUGGACGUAAAGGUCUUAAGUCUCAAUGUCUCCGCUCGGUGUCACUGGUGUCUGUGUCUUAGUGCUGGUGGAAAGGCGAAGGAUCGCAUCCUGUGACUCUGCAUGUGAACAGUGACUUUACAGGAGCCAACAUUACAGAAUAAAUGUGAGUAAUGAGGUUG